AUAUUUGUUUAAUGUGUGGUUCGUCAUGAUAACUCGUAAUUCUAUGUAACUAUUAACACAAUUACGUGUGUUUAUUUAUUGUACGAUUCAGAAAACUUCAAUUCAGACGUUCCGAUGUAAUUGAAAUAUAUUUUUCGUCGCACCUUCUACGAAUUCUCUAUAGUUUUGAGCAGUUUCAUUACAACAAAUGGACAGAUGCGAACGUGGAGUGGGGCGAUGAGCGGGAACGAACAAAGGAGGGAAAGAGGAAGGCAACUUUUUAACCACUGGUGUAACUCUUUGUCAUAUGAGUUGUGUCUGCGGUAACUGAUCGCUUGUGUGUUCGUAUUUCUUCUGUUUACCGAACCACACGCAUACCACAAACAAAUUACGUUAUGACGCCACCGAUGGAAAGGAUACAAAUUCUGGAAACAAUUGAAAAGGACAUUAUUGUUUGUCUGCAAAGCGCGGGUCAAGCUUUUGUAGAACUUAGCAAAGAAAAAUCUAGUUUGAAGCAAGCCGAAGCACAAACUCAACAAUUUUUGAAAACAUUGGGCCAUGUAGAAUCAAAAUUGAGCGAACAAAUCAAUUAUUUAACUCAAGUUUCGACAGGACAACCACACGAAGGCUCCGGGUAUGCGAGUCAAAAGGUUUUACAAAUGGCAUGGCAUAGGUUAGAACACGCGCGAAGCAGAGUGAACGAAUUGGAACGUAUAAAACACAAACCAAGAUAAAUAACUAAAAUUCUUUCGCUUUCCAACAAUGUCCUCCCAGCUCUGACUUUAAAUGUAAUCCUCGAAUCAAAGUGUAAGAUGCGUACGGUACGUUUGGUAAAUAAUAUCACAGAAUAAGAAACUUACUGAAUUUACUUAAAUUAAAGGAGAAGACAAAAACAAAGAUAGACUCGUUUAAAACAUUUAUUUACACGUUGAUCGAUCCUGUGGUAGGAAAUUUCUCAUCUAAGGAACAUUCCCAUUACGGCGGAUAAAUUAAACGACAGUAAAGAAUAUAAAUGUAUAUCCAACGGUUUGUUUGUUUUUUCAAGAAAUGUAACUUGGUUUGGAGAAAAUGUCAGGGCAUUGCUCCAUCUACAACA